UCGUGGGACCCGUUCCGGCCCGCGCCUGGGCUCCGUGCUCGCGGCCUCGCCUCGGGACCUCGCCUCCGGCCGCCGCUGCUUCCCCAGCCGGCCGGCAAAAUAUUAAACCUGCUGGGAGGGGAGGGGCGGCGGCGGCCAAUCGGGCCCGGCCGCUGAGUUUCGGGCGAUACCGUGAGCCGCAGCCGGGAGUCCGGGGCAAGGCCGGUUAAUGUGUGCCGGCUCAAUCCCUGCCCGGUCCCGACUCCCUAGUGAGUGGCUGAGGGUCGCCCUUCACCUGACAAAAAUGCUGAGCUUCUUCCGUAGAACACUUGGGCGUCGGUCAAUGCGUAAACAUGCUGAGAAGGAACGACUCCGAGAAGCUCAACGAGCUUCCACGCACAUUCCUGCAGCUGGAGACUCUAAGUCCAUCAUCACAUGUCGGGUGUCUCUUCUGGAUGGUACUGAUGUUAGUGUGGACUUGCCGAAAAAAGCCAAAGGACAAGAGCUCUUUGAUCAGAUAAUGUACCACUUGGACCUUAUUGAAAGUGACUAUUUUGGACUGAGAUUUAUGGAUUCUGCACAAGUAGCACACUGGUUAGAUGGUACAAAGAGCAUCAAAAAGCAAGUAAAAAUUGGUUCACCCUAUUGUCUGCAUCUUCGAGUUAAGUUUUAUUCCUCAGAACCAAAUAAUCUUCGUGAAGAGCUAACCCGGUAUUUAUUUGUUCUUCAGUUAAAACAAGAUAUUCUCAGUGGAAAAUUAGAGUGUCCCUUUGAUACAGCAGUUCAGCUGGCAGCUUAUAAUCUGCAAGCUGAACUUGGUGACUAUGAUCUUGCUGAGCAUAGUCCUGAACUUGUGUCGGAGUUCAGGUUCGUGCCCAUUCAGACUGAAGAGAUGGAGCUGGCUAUUUUUGAGAAAUGGAAGGAAUACAGAGGUCAGACACCAGCACAAGCUGAAACCAAUUAUCUGAAUAAAGCCAAAUGGUUAGAAAUGUAUGGGGUUGAUAUGCAUGUGGUCAAGGCUAGAGAUGGAAAUGACUAUAGCUUGGGACUGACCCCAACAGGAGUCCUUGUUUUUGAAGGAGAGACCAAAAUUGGCCUAUUUUUUUGGCCCAAGAUAACCAGGUUGGAUUUUAAGAAGAAUAAAUUAACCCUGGUGGUUGUAGAAGAUGAUGAUCAGGGCAAAGAGCAGGAGCAUACAUUUGUCUUUAGAUUGGAUCAUCCAAAAGCGUGCAAACAUUUAUGGAAAUGUGCUGUGGAACAUCAUGCCUUCUUUCGCCUCCGAGGCCCAGUCCAAAAGAGUUCUCAUCGAUCGGGAUUUAUUCGACUAGGAUCACGAUUUAGAUAUAGUGGGAAAACUGAGUAUCAGACCACAAAAACCAAUAAAGCAAGAAGAUCAACAUCCUUUGAAAGAAGACCCAGCAAACGAUAUUCUCGACGAACUCUACAAAUGAAAGCAAGUACAGCAAAACCUGAAGAAUUCAGUGUUCACAAUAAUGUUUCCGCUCAGAGUAAUGGCUCCCAACAGGCUUGGGCUGUGAAAUCUACUCUACCUGUGGUUCCUUCUGUUCCCUCUGGUCCUGUGCUGGCAGAGAUAGAGAAUCUUCCAAGGAAUCCUGGAACAGACCAGCAUGACAGGAAAUGCUUGCCUCUGAAUAUUGAUUUGCUAGAUAGUCCAGACUUAAUGGAAACAACCAUUGAUGAUCUAAUUGGGGCACCUGACACUCUGGAAACACCCCAAGUGCCAGAUGAAGUUAACACAGUCACCGGGCAAACUGGAUUAGAGGAACCUAAAGAGGAGUGCGAGACAUUAAAAGAUGCCUCAGAGAAGCUCAGACACCUUGAGUUGGAAAGCAGUCUAUUGCCGUCCUCCCGUCCCAGCGUUGAUGUCAACAUCAACAACCAGGAGGAGGUGGUGAAGUUGACUGAGAAAUGUCUUAAUAAUGCCAUUGAGAGCCCAGGAUUGAAUGCCAGGAGAGUUCCUCCUGACUUGAAGAGUAACAUUUUGAAGGCUCAAGUAGAAGCAGUGCAUAAGGUUACAAGAGAAGAUAGCUUAUUAAGUCAUAAAAACGCACAUGCUCAGGAUGCUGCCACAAACAGUGCUGUAUUAAAUGAGAAUAAUGUGCCCCUUCCUGAAGAUUCUCUUGCUCUGAUGCAUACCACACCUGCAGCAAAUGGUUCUGUUCUUAAGGAUGCUACAGAUGAAUUGGAUGCCUUGCUUUUAUCUCUGACUGAGAAUCUAAUUGACCACACAAUCACACCUCAGGUAUCUUCAACAUCCAUGAUCACACCACGGUGGAUUGUGCCGCAGAGCCGUGUUCUUUCUGAUGGACUGGCAGGAAGCGUGCCGUCCUUGGCGGGGAAGGAGGGACAUGGUAAUAGAGAAGCAGCCUCGCUGAUUUCUGCCCCGGCACCAUUCUUGGUGGAUGCUGUGACCAGCUCUGUUCCAACGUUGGCCGAAGAAGCCAUCUUGAAACAGAAGUGUUUACUGACUACUGAGCUCUGAGGGUUUGGCUCCUUCUCACUUAUAACUGGAAUGCCCAGCACUCUGCAGCUGUCCGUCCUGGAAUCAAUUUCCGCUGGAAUGUGUUGGGUUCAGGAGCUUGUCCUUACUUGUGAGUUAAAAAAGCUCACCUAGAUUAGACUUCAACUCAAUGAAAAACAUUUUCCGUCCAACUGGAAGGGCUUAAUUACACUACGUAUUUGAUCAAAUGAGGGUAUCUACCUAUAAUUGUAUUGAAGUUGUCAAUUCUUGAAACGAGAAUUACUUUCUCUGUGGUUUCCUUCAAACUCUUGGCUCCAUCUAGUGGGUGUAAUUGUUCAUAACCCUUCCAUAACCAGAGGUCUCUGGUAGUCAGUAAUAGCCUUUUGAAUGUUACUUCUCUCCCUAGUAUCAGGAUAAGUGUCCUUGAUCUGAAUGCCUGUUAGAGAAGUUGCCCUUAUCCAUUGAAUACCUAGAAAUCAGGAAUUUAGGAAAUUAAUGAGGGCAUUAUGUAGGUAGAUUAAGGCCUAGCUUGUUUACAGUUAUUACAGUACUAAAAAGAAGUUUAGAAUACAGAAGGUUUCCAGAUGUCUCCCAUACUUUUAACAUCUUACUGGACUGGCUAUCUUAAUACUCCCAAGUUUACAUUAAGGUGAAGAUAAACUGUGUGUAUUUUGCGUCAUAUAUUUUUUUUUUUUUCCAGCCCUGCUUCCCUAUAGGAAACACUCACAUGCACCACACACAUAGACUGUAACUUUUCAGCCUGGACGGAGAUAGCAGUCACUUCCCCACACUUCUACCAGUUUGGACAUAGACUUCAUUUCCUUUUAAUAUGGGCUAAAUAAAGUUAGAACUCAUCAACUAAAGACAAUGAAACAAAACAAAAAUACCAGGACAGAAAUGGUGAAUCAGGGAGUAGGGGGAUUUUGUUUCUUGAACACCUACCAUGUCUGAAACUACUGUGCAUACUGGAAGAACUCCUAUCUCACCUUAUGUUAGGAAUUUUGUGUUAAUUUUAAAAAGUUUCUAGAAGUUCCUCGUCACUUUUGGUACACAAAAAAAUUCUGGAUAUUAAAGUAGUACAUGCUCAUACAGAAAAUAACGAAGAUGCAAAAAUAACCACUUGCAAUUCCAGCAUCCAGAAAAACACUAUUAUUUUGGCUUUAAAACUUAAGAAUUCCCAGUUGCUACUGGGAAUGAGGAUAGUGUGGAAACCAUCUUGGUAUAGUUGUUAAUCCCUGUGAUCAAGGAUUGAUAUCAAACUGUACCUCCUGGAAUUUGAUGUUUAGUUUUCUGCCCUGUAUUAUGUAUAUAAUUGAGUGUUAAUUUAUGUUGCUCAGCAUAAAAGAACAUCCAGUUUUGUGACCUUUAAAACUCUGUGGUGUGGGCUGUCCUGGGUUCCCUGUAGCACAGUCAUGUGCUCAGGCAAACAUGUGCUACUGUCUGACUGGAAAGAUCAGGAAUUUUAAUCUUGUGGUGUUUCCCAGGGAGCUGUAGAGUUUGGAAACCACUUUUGCACGGAACAACUUUGGUGAAGGAAAGAAAGUUGGCGCUUCUUGCUGGCUUCCUCCUCUUAGCCAUUGUGCUAAGCUUGUGAAUUUCGUUGGUGGAGCUCUUGCCAAUUCUUAAUUGUAAGACACAUUUUCUCGCAGCUGUAAGUGACCGCUAGAACCAGGGGCCUAGCCGGGGACAUGCUGGACUGGCCAUCAGAUUUCUAGUGUGCUGACAGUGCUAGAAGUACUGAAAGGUUCAAGUUGUGCCUGUAACUGCGGUACGGAACAGCUAAGGCAUUACUAGCUUGGAAGGCCUCAACUUCCCAGCCAGUUUAGGAGCGAGCACCAGCCUCAUUUUAAACUGUUUAAAAUUGAGGAAUAAGUUGUUAAAAAUAGUCUAUAACCUCUGUGUCUUCAGGUACCUGUAUUCUUGCUGGUUAGAAUAUUGAUAAAGACUUCCUUAAACUAUAUUUAAACCUCAAGCUAAAUUUUGUCUUCUGUCCUGGCAUGAAGUGGUAAACAUGGAAGUUUAUACUUUCAUGAUGACUUAGCCCUGACAGUGUAGGUGCCUGUCAAGUAGAAUAACUUCCCUGUCACGUCUGCUGCUGCUGCCUUCCCCAGAGUUGCUGUGACGGCGAUCUCGUUCUGCUUAUCUGAGAGUGGAGGGGAGAGAACUGCAGGGCUCAGGAUAUCUGUGAAUGUGUCCGAGAGGGAAGGGGAAGGUCCGUCUCUGUGAUGAGAGAGAAGCAUAUAUGUGUGGGUCAGUGAAGAAUAUGAGCAGAGGAAGGGAUUUGAGGUGAUGCUGGAUAAGAAGGCAGGCUGGUUACAGCUAUGGUGGCACUGCCCGCCGGUGACCUUCAGGGCUCAGUCUUCCACUGCAAAAGAUUAAAACCCACCUGCACAUCUGAAUCCUCGGAUAAACUAACUGAAGCUCGGAUCCUCAGGUGAGCUCAAAGAGCCCCAGUGGCUGUUCCCAAUGACAGCUGGGUGGGCAGGAAGUUUUUCUCUAUCUAGAAUGAGGUUCCCAUGCACCUUAGUAAAUACAGCUAAAAAGAAAUACUGGCAACGUUACAAUUAUGUGAACAUGUUUGAAAAGAGAGCAAGAACAAUAGUUGAUUUGAGCGCUCCAGCUAGAAAGCUGUUAGUGUUCUUCCCUUGGAAAGUAGCUCGGAGGUGAUUUAGAGCUGAGAUAACAGACCCAGAUUGGCAACAAAUAACAGGAGGCUGUUAGCCACAGGCUCAGCUUCUCUGUGGUCACUUUCUUCCCAGAGUUUCCAGUUCCACCCUGGACUCCAGUAACUCAUUAGGGUCAGCCAUGAAGGCACUUGUGACUGGGAGCGGAGGGGCCGGCGCCGAGAGGGUGGCAGGCCUUCUUGUGUUGUCCUGAGGCGUCUCGAGGGGCUGAGGGGCUCCCCGAGACUGGGUUGCAGCCGCUGCUCCGUCUCCGGGCUUGCCGUGUAUCCCGCCCCAGAGACACAGUACAGAGCCAUGCAGCAGGUGCCUGCUGCCGGCCUUGGGGGAGCAGAAAGGACAGGAAUCUCAAGUCAGGCCAUGUGACAGUCCGGGCAGGGAAGGGAGAGGUGGUUUGGGGGCUUAAAAUCAGAUUGUAGGCUUCAGCUUUCUGCCCUCAACUCUUCUUCGGAACUUGUAAAGUGAUAAAUGAGACCCUGUUUCUCCCUGCUGUCACAGUAGCACUCUUGGAGACACUGGAAGGGGGCACCGUUCUCCCGCGCCUGCCCUUCUAGAAGCGCUGCUGAGUAAAGGAAUGAGCAGAUUCCUUUGAGCUUGAUAAAUUCAGACAUUCCCUGAGCAGCUUUCUUAAGAUGUUUAUAUUGUUUUAGAAAAAAUUCUACUUAAAAAUAUUUCUUAUAGCCUGCUGUCUGUUUUCACCUUUAUCUGCUUUUGCAUAAUCACGGAAGUUCUGUGGACAAUCAAGGAUGAAAGCCCUGGGUUGUCCCUUGCAUCUUGACUGCUUCUUCUCUCAUGCUUCCCAAUUUUGGCUAAAACCGGCACCUCUGUCUUCUCUUACAUAAGCCCUAGAAUGAAAGUUCAAGUGUUGUUUCAGAGACCAUUUUAGAGCAGGAUUAUUUGACAGUCUCUUACAUAGAGAAAAAUCUUCCAUAUUUUUCCAUAAGUAAGGGUCCUGAGAAGCAAAGUUCUUGUCUCCUCAUUUAGAGCAGGCAUGAGCAAAGUUUUUCUGUAAAGAGCUGAGGUAAUACUUUACUGCUCAGCAGUGCCGUUGUUGUACAAAAGCAGCAAAACAGUAGGAAAUGCAUCGGCUGGCUGUGUUCCAGGAAGUUCAUUUACAAAAACAGGUGCUACUUCCAACUUCAAGCUUCAUAGAGUGGCAGCAUGGCUCCCUGCGAGUCAGGCAAGUGUUCAGGUAGGUUCUGCAGCAUCGUCCGCCGCUGGGAGGCCCCUGACGUUUCUGGAUGUUGGCGUCCUCAUUUGCAUGGACAGGGUGGUUGUGGGUCUCCCAGCUCUGAGCGUCUUUGUGAGGCCUGCCCACUUUCUCAUUAAUCUUGCCUUCAGCCUUUUGGUUGCUUAGAAACCUGGAGUCUUCUGCAGUUGAAGAAUGGACAUUUCUGUAUUAUUUGUCCCUUUUUCCUCUCAAAAAUUCAAACACUCUGGUUUUUGAAUGAUCAGACAAAAGUUGGAAGCUUUUCCUAUCUAUUAGCCUUCAGGAUGAGGAGACUUGUUUGGAUUAUAGAAAUUUGUCCUGAGCUUAAGUCUGCUGUGUGAACAUGUGCCAGAGCCGGAAUUAUUUCCACUUUUAAGAUGGGAUACGUGAGUCUCUUUAUCACAUUGCUUGAGAUAAUAAUUCAGUCACUUCCCAGGAUUUCUUUUUAUCAGGGAGGUGUUUUAGUACAGAUCCCUUGCUCUUUUUAUUUUCAUAAAUAAAUUUUCUUACCUGGGUAUGAUAGACAGUUUAAAGGACCUCACUAACUAUUUUGUGUUUACUUUUUAUAUAUGUAAAGCUUUGCAGUAGCUUUUAAAGUGUAAUUUAUUUUUAUAUCAAGUGCACUAUUCAUUGUGUUCCACAGCUUUAUAUGACUUGUAUUAGAAGCACUGCACUGAACUGAGUUGUUUGUAUACUGACAUGACAACCGUAGAUGUGACCACAAAUAAAGCUUUUGUGAAACA